AUGAAGAUAGAGGAAGUGAAAAGCACCACGAAAACACAGCGUAUCGCGUCUCACAGCCAUGUGAAAGGACUCGGGCUAGACGAGGCCGGGAACGCAAAGCAAAAUGCGGCUGGGCUUGUUGGACAGGAGAACGCCAGAGAGGCUUGUGGUAUUAUUGUUGAGCUGAUCCGCUCAAAGAAGAUGUCAGGAAGGGCAGUUUUACUGGCUGGACCUCCCGGUACAGGAAAGACUGCCCUGGCUUUAGCUAUGGCACAGGAGCUGGGCAACAAGGUGCCCUUCUGCCCCAUGGUGGGCAGUGAGGUCUACUCUUCUGAGAUCAAGAAAACAGAGGUGCUCAUGGAGAACUUUAGGAGGGCCAUAGGCCUGCGUAUUAAGGAAACCAAGGAGGUGUAUGAGGGUGAGGUGACGGAGCUGACGCCCUGUGAGACAGAGAACCCCAUGGGUGGUUAUGGGAAGACAAUUAGCCACGUCAUCAUCGGAUUGAAGACCGGCAAGGGCACCAAGCAGCUCAAGCUGGACCCCAGUAUCUAUGAAAGCCUUCAGAAGGAACGGGUGGAGGUGGGAGAUGUCAUCUAUAUUGAAGCAAACAGUGGAGCUGUUAAGAGACAAGGUCGAUGUGACACGUUUGCCACAGAGUUUGACCUGGAGGCUGAGGAGUAUGUGCCGUUGCCCAAGGGAGACGUCCACAAGAAGAAAGAGAUCAUUCAAGACGUCACACUCCACGACCUGGAUGUGGCCAAUGCUAGACCUCAGGGAGGACAAGACAUUCUGUCUAUGAUGGGACAACUGAUGAAGCCCAAGAAGACUGAGAUCACAGACAAGCUGCGGGCUGAGAUCAACAAGGUGGUGAACCGCUACAUUGACCAGGGCGUGGCUGAGCUGGUUCCCGGGGUGCUGUUUGUGGAUGAGGUGCACAUGUUGGACAUCGAGUGUUUCACCUACCUGCACCGAGCCUUGGAGAGUACCAUCGCUCCCAUCGUCGUGUUCGCUUCCAAUCGGGGCAACUGCCUCAUCAGGGGGACGGAGGACAUCAGCUCUCCUCAUGGCAUUCCCCUCGAUCUGCUGGACAGAGUCAUGAUCAUCCGCACCAUGCUGUACACACCCCAGGAAAUGAAGCAGAUUAUUAAAAUCCGUGCUCAGACGGAGGGCAUCAACAUUAGUGAGGAGGCACUCAGUCACCUAUCAGAGAUUGGAACCAAAACCACCCUCAGGUAUGCCACGCAGCUGCUGACCCCAGCCAGUCUGUUAGGCAGAGUCCAGGGGAAGGAAGGAGUGGAGCGGGAGCAGGUGGAGGAGAUCAACGAACUGUUCUACGAUGCCAAGUCCUCCGCCAAAAUUCUCCAAGACCAGCAACACAAGUUCAUGAAAUGAGGACUUCCAACCUUCCUCCACAUCCCUCCAGCGUCACUGUCUACCAUAAGGCUAGCAUCUGUUCAAAGGAAUUACCCUGGCAGUCUCUCUCCGCGUUUUGCAUAAAGUUCAUGCAGUCUUGCUUUUAUCCCCCAAUCCGUUCAUCCUCUUGAUCAGAGCCCCUCAAGCUGCCCCAUCUGUACCUCAAGUGUAGUUGUUUCUUACAUCCUGAUUUAAGUUAAUAAGAUUAGUUUUUUCUCA